AUGUCGGCAGCGAUGGACAAAGCGAUGCUGGAGUUAUCUCUACAGGAGGAAGAUGAACCUUUUCAGAUGCCAGAUCUUCCCCAGUUUGAUUCUUCAGAAAGAAAUUCACGAAGUCUAAUUGGGAGGAUUCUGAAUCUGGAUUGUCAGAAGGUCUCAACUGUUAUCCUUGAUAUGCCACGCCAGUGGCAAAAGCAAGGCAAAGUAAGAGGGGUUGCUUUAUCAAGAGAGAGAUUUCAGUUUAUAUUUGAUCAUGAACACGACUUGUUGGAGGUUUUGGAGAAGGGAGUGCACACUUCUAAUGAUUGGGCUCUGGCUAUUGAUCGGUGGGUUGAACAUCCUCCACCGGACUACCUGCAGUAUAUGUUAGUUUGGGUCCGAAUUCGUAACAUCCCGGUUAAUCACUAUACGAAGGAAGCGAUCACAGCUUUGGGAGAGCUAGCGGGAGAGGUAAAGAUUGUAGCGUUUGAUCCUGAUAAGCCACAAAGAGAAGAUUAUGUUAGAGUUCAGGUUCGACUUAAUGUUUCCAGACCGCUGAGGACGUCAAAAGUAGUUAACCUUCCGCAGGGAGGAUCAGCUGUGGUCUUAUACAAUUAUGAAAGAAUCAGGAAAAGAUGUUAUGAGUGCCAAAGUUUAAAUCAUGAAAAAGAGGUAUGUCCUAUCAUUGUGGGAAGAAGAAGAAACCAAUCAAUUGAGAGAAGGCAGAAAGUCUUAGACGACAAGGAGUCUGCUCAGCUUGUUUUGAAGCAGGGAGAUCCUUUGUUUGGAGUUCUAAGUGAAGAUCAAGUUGGUUUCUGCAAGUUUAAGGGGAGAUGGAAGAUUUCUCUGGAAGUCCUAGAUGAGAUGAGGAGAUACCUGCUUUCAUCUUCCGAUGAAGAUAAGUUGGUGAGAAUUGAAAGGGUUAGAGCGCCGGUGGCUGAAACUGAAAAGAAUCCAAUUACUCAGAAGACUAUGCUGCGAUUGGAGGAACCGCCGGUGUUUACAAAGCAGUUAGACAAAGGCAAAGGGAUUGUCUUUGACUUUGAUCUCAAUUCUCCUGGGGAGGUGGUGCAGAAGGAAGGUGAACCUAUACAGAAACUAAUGGCCUCUGCUUUAGAUGCGGGGAGAAAAGGAAGUGCUUUUGAAAGAUUGAGAGAUUUAAGGCUGACUGUGGAUGAGGGUAUGAGGAGUAAGGUUGGGGCACCGAUGAAUUAUGCUUCUGCCUCUUUUUUCUCUGAAGAUAUAGGGAAUGUUGUGUGUCCUUCAAGGGUUGAAGGAAACUCUACGGAAUAUGGUCCUAGUCACUCUAUGGUUAGGCCAUCCGGGGUUCUCCAACAACUACCAAAGCGGAGAAGAAGGCCCUAUAUUAAGAAGAGACAAGAGCAGAAAGGCAACUCUCCCGAGGUACUGAAAGACCUUUAUGGAGAUUCAGCGCGAGGUGAUCUGAUAGGUGGCAAGAGAAAGACAUUGGUUGAAGAUGAUCGUGGUUGGAAAGCUGCAAAGCUUAAAGAAUCAAGGGUGAUCCCGAGUGAGGGAUCGCCGAAGCCAAGAUAA